CAUCUUUGAUUCAUUGAUACCCGAACUCUGUUUUCUUAUCUUAUUUCGACUUCCAUUCAAGCUUGGUCCGUCUCUUGUUGGUUUUUUUCUGUAAUCUGCUCUUCUCUUCUCUUCCUCUUUUCUCGUCGCAUCGCCAGACCCGCUGCAUCAUCAUGCCCGGCGCAGGCCAGGAUUCAGCACCCGUGCGAUCGCUGUCGGAUACGCCCAACAAUGCACCAGCGUCAGCCGCAGCCGGGGGACGAGCUGCCGAUGCUUCCAUCAACGGCGGCAUCACCUCGUCCCAGCAGGGCACCACCUCUCUGCCCAACAUCGUGACGUUCGUCUCCAGCAACCGCACAAACACAGGACGAAGCCUCGAAGCGACUCGCUCGGGCACAGGACGAAGCUUGGAAGCGACACGCUCAGAUGGCGCCCCUCGACGCAGCCUCUCAUACGCCCUGCGCCCACAUGCAGAGGUCUACUACGACUCGCGGGCCGGAACGCGCAGGGAGUGGAAGCGACGAGACCGCACGCUGAUGGACUACUACGGCAACAACCCCCAGCUGCUGCCCCAGCUGCCGUUUACGUGGCAUCACGGCUGGAAGCGCUGGCGGCUGUUCCUCUUCGCCAUCAUGGUCUUCAUCGACGGCUCCAUAGUGCCGAUCCUGCUCUACUACACGAUGCGAUACGCCGGCCAUGUCGCGGGCUGGAUCAUCUUUGCCGUCGUCACGACCAUCUGGGGCGGGCCGACAUAUGUCGAGUUCGCCAUCCGAACGCUGCGCCUCAUGAAGAAGGAGAGGUUCUAUCGUCCUCUAGGCACAGACAGCCGCUGGUGUUUUGACAUUCUGAACUGGACGUCGGUGCUCACCAUCACGGCCGUCACGGCCCUCUUCAUCGUCGGCAGUGCGCCGCACGAGGUCUGGCUGCGCGUGCUCUGCAUGCCAGCUCCGGCCAUCUUAUACUGCAUCGGCGGCGUGCUGGCUCUGAUUACGCUGUUCCACCUGAUGAAUUGGCCUGCUCCCUUCCGACUGAGCUCCACCGGCAAAGGCGAAAAGGUUCUCCCAGGGGUGUACUAUUUCAUCGAGGACGUUGUCGCAGUCAAUGCCGGCGCAGGUCGCCCGUUUCGAGAAGCUCUUGCGGCACGUUACCACGCCAGUCCCCGCUUCCGGACGAUGCUGCUCGUUCAGUCAUUGUUUUGGUCCAUUCCCGCUCUUGUCCUGGCAGCCGCCCUGACUGUCGUAGCUCUCCUGCAUCCCAUUCCAGCAACCGUUGCGUACGGAAUAUGCUGGGCCGUGCCAUUUAUAUGGUGUGCGAUCUGGGGCGCCAUCACCGUUGUGUGGUGCAAGCGGAGCAUGGUCCGGGAGAGACUGGAGUGGGAACAAGAGCAUCCUACCGAGAAACUCGAGGCAACGAGCAGCGAGCCUUUGGCGGCGGUAUAA